UUAAAAUGUCAAAAAUUUGAUUAAAAUCUAUUUGUACCUGACCUCCAAGGAUAGUAUCAUAUUUAGUAUUAAGCUAUCUUUCAGUCUACAUUAAGUAUCUCUUUUAAGUAAGGUCAGAGUUUAAGUAAAAUUCCUCAGUAGUCCUCCCUCCCUUCAUCAGUCUUCCUCACCCCAGUCUCUUUCUUUCAGUGGGGUUCCUAUUGCUUACUACUACUCAGCCAUCACUAUUGUAAUGCCAUUUAAGGUAGCUCUGCUGGGUGUAUUCAUUCUGUCCCACAAUCCAGUUUCUCUUUUAACCUGGUUUCCUAAAUGAAGUUGACAAACCAGUUUAUUUUUCCUCCAUUUCAACCACUCCUGAUUUAGGCUGGUUAUGAGGAUAUAAUGUAAUCUGGGCACAACCUCUUCCCCUAGCAAUCUGUAUUUGCAGGGCUUCCUCCUUUCCCAGCUGAACGUGCUCAAGUGGGCAGAGAACCUUGUGGAGGACUUCAGCCCCCACAGUUCCCUGUUUGCGCAUGCCCUCUCAUCUUACAGUUGUCAAAGUGCUUUUGCCAGAGCGGUCACAUAAUCAACCUGAAAGAAGAAAAUAAAUACUGUACACGUUAAAUUUUUAUCGAUCCUUAAAAACUGGACACUCAAAGCUGCGCAAACCAUGCAGGAUGAUUUACUGAUGGACAAAAGCAAAACCCAGCCCCAGCAACAGCAGCGGCAGCAGCAGCAGCCCCAGCCCGAGCCCAGCGCAGCCGAAGCCCCGUCCACGCCCCUCUCCUCAGAGACCCCCAAGCCGGAGGACAGUAGCGCAGUGCCGGUCCUGAGCCCCGCCGCGGCCCCACCGGCUCCCAACGGCCCGGACAAGAUGCAGAUGGAGUCGCCGCUCCUGCCGGGCUUGAGUUUCCAUCAGCCCCCUCAACAGCCGCCGCCACCCCAGGAGCCCGCGGCCCCGGGCGCGUCGCUGUCUCCGUCCUUCGGCAGCACCUGGUCCACGGGCACGACGAACGCGGUGGAGGACAGCUUCUUCCAGGGGAUCACCCCCGUCAACGGGACCAUGCUCUUCCAGAACUUCCCGCACCACGUCAACCCAGUCUUCGGAGGCACCUUCUCCCCGCAGAUCGGCCUGGCGCAGACCCAGCACCACCAGCAGCCGCCGCCGCCGCCGGCGCCGCAGCCGGCGCAGCCUCCCCAGGCGCAGCCCCCGCCGCAGCGCCGGUCGCCCGCCAGCCCCAGCCAGGCGCCCUACGCGCAGAGGAGCGCCGCCGCCGCCGCCUACGGCCACCAGCCCAUCAUGACCAGCAAACCGUCCUCGUCCUCGGCCGCCGCCGCCGCCGCCGCCGCCGCGGCCGCCGCCUCGUCCGCUUCGUCCAGCUGGAGCACGCACCAAAGCGUGAAUGCAGCCUGGAGCGCUCCGUCCAACCCGUGGGGCGGCCUGCAGGCGGGCCGGGACCCUCGCCGGGCGGUGGGUGUGGGCGUGGGCGUGGGCGUGGGGGUACCCUCCCCGCUUAACCCCAUCUCGCCGCUCAAAAAGCCCUUCUCCAGCAAUGUGAUCGCGCCCCCCAAGUUCCCUCGUGCGGCCCCGCUCACCUCCAAGUCCUGGAUGGAGGAUAACGCUUUCCGGACCGAUAAUGGUAACAAUCUGUUGCCAUUUCAGGACCGGAGUAGGCCCUAUGACACUUUUAACUUGCACUCGUUGGAGAACUCCUUAAUGGAUAUGAUAAGGACUGAUCAUGAGCCUCUGAAAGGUAAACACUACCCUCCCAGUGGCCCACCAAUGAGUUUCGCUGAUAUAAUGUGGAGGAAUCAUUUUGCAGGACGUAUGGGAAUAAAUUUCCAUCAUCCUGGAACAGAUAAUAUAAUGGCACUCAACAGUCGAUCCUCUCUCUUCCCCUUUGAAGACGCCUUUUUGGACGACAGCCAUGGUGAUCAGGCCUUGUCAUCUGGCUUAAGUUCUCCCACUCGUUGUCAAAAUGGGGAACGAGUAGAACGCUACUCGAGAAAGGUGUUUGUUGGAGGUCUUCCUCCUGACAUUGAUGAAGAUGAGAUCACUGCCAGCUUUCGCAGGUUUGGACCUCUCGUGGUAGACUGGCCUCACAAAGCAGAAAGCAAGUCCUAUUUUCCUCCUAAAGGCUAUGCCUUUCUACUGUUCCAGGAGGAGAGCUCAGUGCAAGCUCUGAUAGAUGCCUGCCUAGAAGAAGAUGGGAAGCUAUACCUGUGUGUGUCAAGCCCCACUAUCAAGGAUAAACCGGUGCAAAUUCGACCAUGGAACCUAAGUGACAGUGACUUUGUAAUGGAUGGUUCUCAGCCUUUGGACCCCAGAAAAACUAUCUUUGUUGGGGGAGUUCCACGACCCCUUCGAGCUGUUGAACUGGCAAUGAUCAUGGACCGUUUGUAUGGUGGUGUUUGCUAUGCUGGCAUUGAUACGGACCCAGAGCUGAAGUACCCCAAAGGUGCUGGCCGCGUGGCGUUCUCCAAUCAGCAGAGUUACAUUGCAGCCAUCAGUGCACGCUUUGUGCAACUUCAACACAAUGACAUUGACAAACGGGUGGAAGUGAAGCCGUACGUGCUGGAUGAUCAGAUGUGUGACGAGUGCCAGGGCACGCGCUGCGGCGGGAAGUUCGCCCCGUUCUUCUGUGCCAACGUCACCUGUCUGCAGUAUUACUGCGAAUACUGCUGGGCCAGCAUACAUUCCCGUGCCGGGCGCGAGUUCCACAAACCGUUGGUGAAGGAGGGAGGCGACCGUCCUCGGCAUGUCCCGUUCCGCUGGAGCUGAGCCCCGGGCCAACCCAGCCACAAGUACUGGAGUAGAUAACAAGGAGGGGAAAGAGAGGGCACUGCCUCAGGGCUUACAGUGUUCUGGAAAUCUGUGCAUUUGUUCUCGAUUUUUAAAGAAGAAAUGGGUCUUUUAUUAUUAUUAUUAAUUAUUAUUAUUACUAUUAUUUACAGUCAUAUUACUGAACUCAGUGUCCAGUAUAAUGCAAUGUUGCAGAGUGUAUAACGGUACUGAUUUGCACUUUGAUUCACACCUUCGUCUGCUUGAUACCUUAAUUUUCUUACACCUGAUUUGUCACUUUUGACAGUGCGUAGACUGCCAUUCUCAUCAGUGGCCAUUAGACUGAUGUCUGUGACUUUCAUUUGUUGUUGUUGUUGUGUUGUUGUUGUUGUUGUUCUGGUUGUUUUUAAACUGGAGCAUGCACUUAUUUUCAGAAACUUGGAGAGUCGCCCCUAGGACAAGACUUACCAAAGGUAACACUCAUGAGUUAGGUGGCAGAUGUAGCAAAAUUUCCCAAUUCAGCAUUCGCUAGUGGGGGUCAUUUAGAGUAGGGGUAGCCCUUAAUGGAAAUCAGCCUUUAGUUGCUCUGUAUUUUGAGUUGUAAGGAUACCUCAUAAGCUGGAUCUUUCUUUUUUACUUCAUGUUUGACUUUUUUGUUUUGUUUUGUUUUGCUGAGGACUUCGGUUAGAUCUUUUAAUGUUAUGUAAAUUUAUGCUGCAAUAGCUUUUGCUGCUAUUAAAAAUGGUAUUGUCAAUACCAUAAUACUCUAUUUGGGCUAAGGUAUCAAUUACAAACAAAAACCCAACAACACACUUUUGUGAUUUAGGGAUAGAAUCAGCUGCCAAAAGGGGAUCAGAAUGGACUUGAGAAAGCUUCGAUGGAAGGUCACUAUUUCUGACUGCAUGUUUAUUUAAUCAGGUUGCUGCAUGCAAUAAAUUUUAUAUCCAAUGUCUAGUAUAAAACCUUCCCACAAUGCACAAAUUAAUAAUCUAUAUAAGCUAUGAACUACUCAUUUUUUUAAAAGGAGAUUUUUUUUCAUUCAAAGAGUUGGUAAUGGAGGGGAGGAAGGCAUGCCUCAGACAAUGAAAUGCUGAGUAAGAGGAGCCCAUAACAGAAUGACUUAUAUUACAACCAAUAGAAAAUCUAGGUGUAGGAUAUUCUUAAAGCAAAUUCGUGGACGGUAGAUGAAGUACUUUGCGGUGCUCUGUUAUAUAUUGUGCAAUUUAUUUUAUAUAGUAAAGUGAUUAUGUCUAACUGUGAUCAAACUUAACUGUUUAAAGCCUCUGUGUCAGACAUUAAUGAACUUGACAGUUCCUAACUGGUAUAUUAUUAAGUAACACAUGAGCUCUUAGUUACGAUCUCCUAGUGCUUGUACCAUUUUACAUAGCUCCAGACCUUGUCCAGAAAACCAAAGAGCUCAUCUUAGCUUACAAACACUAAGAAUAUAUACAGUAUCUAGAGAUAAGUUGUCAGAUUGACAAACUAGGCACACAUCUUUAAAGAAGUUGUGUAAUGGUGAUGCUAAAGAAAUGUCUGUACACAACCAGAUGGCCUGGGUAGAGCUGGCUGUCUGGUAAGAAAUUAACUACUUAGUUCCCUGGAUGUAUCCUGUAAAGCUUGAAUAGAAUUAAGCCCUGCUAGUACUACCGUGGGCAUUUUUUUAGCAUUCACUCUUGGGCUGCAGAUAGUAACAUAUAAACACACACAAUGAUUGCGAGAGUAUGUAAAUCUUUUUUGAUAUUCUUCCUAUGUUUUGGAAUUCUGGGGACAAUCUGACUGGAUAUGACGCUGCAGAGUAGAUGCGAGUCACUGUGUUCUUCAUGCCGUGACGUCCUUGUACUGUCUGAAGUUAGUAUUGUUGAUUUCCGUUCUGUUCUUCCUCCAGUGUUUAGUUGCAAUUACUGGCUCUCAACCUAUAGUUUUGUUUUCAAAAAGACAAAACAAAAUAGUAGUAGUAGUAGUUGUUGUUUACUGGAUUAAAAAUGCUUCUUAGAUCCCUCCCCUUUUGAGGUUGCCUCUGGGCUUUUUGGUAAUAUUUGCUUUUUUUUUUUUUUUUUUUUUUCAGCCCAGGUAUGGUUUUGUUUGUUGUUGCUGCUGUUGUUUUCUAUGUUUGUGGGUUUUGUUUUGUUUUUUUCAUCUGCACAAGAAAUUUUGUUAUGCACUACUACUUUUUGUAUUUUAGACUGUUUUCAAGUUGGCUGAAGAUUUUUUUGUUUGUUUUUAAGGAAAAUGGCAUGCUUUCUGACUGACAUGAUCUUUUGCAAUACCUCAAUUUUGAAAUAUAGGAAAGAAAAUGAUAUUUUCUAAGUAAGUUUAUUCAGAAAAAUAUAUAUUAAUUUAAUUCUGCAAGAAAAUGAUUUAACAGAUGGGUAACUUUAUUUUUUUCAUGAUUAUUUGUGUUUUUUGAAAAUGAAGACGUUAGAGCUUUAUAACUAUAAUAUUAAAGAUCAUAUCUAACCUACAGAAUCUACCUAAUUAUGUGAAGGAAGCAAAUCUUUUUGAAGAAGCUCCCCUCUUUCAUGUACUAAAAUAACACUGAGAUUUUUUAAAAGAAAAAUUUAAGCUGGAAGAUUGUACAGCAUAAAGCUGAAGUGAUGGAAAGAAAAAAAAAUGGUCAAGAAGACUAGGUUACAAAAAUCAACUCCAUUUGGUGCUGGAAGUGGCGGAUAGAUGGUGGAAACUAUUUUCCCUUCAUUUGUAUAUUUCUAAUCAAGCGUUGAUUGUGCACGACUGACCAGGAUUGUGAAAGAGUUCUUCUGUUUGUAUUUUUUUAAAGAGAACUUUUUUAGUUUAUUAAAUUAUAACAUGUUCCCUUUUGUUUUGUAAAUAAAUGUGCCCCCCCAAGUUCUUAAUGUUAUAUUAAGAGAGGGUCCUUCAAAAAAAAUUAUUUUUUAAAACACAGAGGUGUUUCUGACCUGCAGCUUGGCUGGGGAGCCCCCGGUGACACAGGUCCUAUGUGGCCUUUCUUUGAUGUGACACUUGAACUAGUGGGUUUUUUGAAGGCUAUAAUCUAACCUCGACUAUUUGUUGUUAUGUGCAAUACUGUUUGUACUGUUUGUAUAAAAAAUAGAAAAAAAAAGAAAAGAAAAAAGGCAUAAAUCUUUAUUGCAGAUUUAUUUUCAUUGCAAACUUUAGACAUUGUGAUUCACUGAAAUCAUUUUUCUACUGUCAAAUAUGUACCUUUUCUUCAUGCUGGUAUUUUUUCAAUAGUAAUGUAGCCUUUGUACUGAGACAAAUUUUCAUUGUUAUUUUUAGAAAGAUUUUUUGCUAAGAGAAAAAUUAAACAUAUUUACAUAUUUUUCAUUUUAUUUCGUAUUUUCUUUAAAGGAGUGCUUUCUCAAUCAUUAAUAGAGUUGUUUCUGGGAGGGACUUUCAUAUCUGGUCAAUGUCAUAAUAUUAUUUUGUAUUUUUACUUGGAAUAAAUUAAUUUUAUGAUGCUAAUUCUUUAAAAGUUUAUUUUUUUCAUUUUCAGUUAUUUUUGAAGCUAAAACCUUUGUAAUAUUGUUACUAAAGUGUCUAGUUUUUUGAAAUGCAAAGCUUUAUGUAUUAACUUUCUGAACGUGGUUUACAGUAGCGUGACGAUGGUGAGCAUGCUUGGUUAUGUAAAGUGACUGGAAAUGUACUGCAUACUUGGGUAAUAAAAUGACAGAGUGAGCAGAACGUGAA